AGAAUUUUGAAUUUUACAUGUUUAAAAUGAAAAACCAGUAAAAAGGUUCUGGCUUGCAGUUUUGUUUUUAUAGGCUGUGUACAGGCAAAUAUGACCCGAAAAUUAACUACUAUGAAUAUUUGUAUGUAAUUGAAUAAUUUGUAAAAGGUGAAUCCCAUAGAGUACAGAAGCUAUAGAAUAGAUAGAUAUCCAAAUGGCGGAUGAGGAGGAUAUAAAUAAAAGUAAUAAUAAUAGUAAUAAUCCCAAGGAUCAAUUGACUGGAAUUACCGAAGUCGAAUUGAAUGGUUCUAACGGAUCCGAAGCUAUAGAAAAGUUAGAUCUAGAAUUAGCAGUAGAAGAUGAACCAGAAGAAGAACUGACAAAUGUUGAUUCUGCAUCCAUAAAGUCUACAGAUGCCAUUCUUGAAACCAAUAACGAUGAUUUAAAUACUAUUUCAAUCAAUAGUGCCAAAUUAGAGACACCUACUGAAAGAGAGUUAAAUCCUGAUUUAGAUCGAUUUAUGACUGCUUGUCAAGAAGGUAAUAUCACUAUUGUUAAAGAAUUAUUAUCUAGUGAAAAGGUAAAAGUUAAUGAUACUUUUAGUGAUAGUAUUACAGCGUUGCAUUGGGCUUGUAUAAAUAAUCGAUUAACAAUUGUUAAAUAUCUUGUUAAUAAUAAUGCAGACCCUAAUUUCUUAGGUGGUGAUUUAAAGGCUUCACCAUUACAUUGGGCAUGUAGAAAUGGAUUAGUUUAUAUUGUCGAUUAUUUAAUUUCAAAUACUAAUGCUGAUCCAACGUUAACUGAUGAUCAAAGUUAUAAUGCCUUGCAUCUAGCCGUUCAUAGUUCCAAUAUUACUUUAAUAAUUUAUUUAUUAUUGACAUGUGUUGAUACCAAAAGGAUUUAUAUUGAUGAGCCAGAUAGUUUUAAUAGAACCUGUUUACAUUGGGCAGCUUAUCAAGGAGAUAUAUUAACUAUUAAUGCUUUAUUAAGAUUUGGAGCUGAUGUAUCAAAAGUUGAUAAUAGUUUAUUUGUCCCAAUUCAUUGGGCAUUCAUGAAGGGUUACAAGAGUGUUUUGAAAGCUUUAGUCGAGGCUGGUUCGGAUAUUCAUGCUAAAAAUGAUCAAGGUAAGGAUUGUUUCGGAGUCGCAAAGGAUAUGAAUUGUACGAAUACUUGGUUAAAGGUUUUGCAUGAAUGUGAUUUAAAUGAGAAAUCUAAUUGGACUAAGAAUAAACAUUGGAUUAGUCCAAAAACUGGGAAGGUUAUAACAUUCUUAAUUCCUUACAUAAUCUUACCAAUUGGAUUUAAGAUUUGUUCAUUCAGUUCAGGAUUUAUCAUUCCAAAAUUUGUAUUUUCUAUCUUAAUUGCAUUCGUUACCAUAUACACAGUUUCCAAAUUCUUAAUUCCUACUUAUUUAAUUGAUGACAAAGCAUUACCAAAAUCUCCAUUUUUAGCUGGUAUCUUCUCAGGAACUGCAUUUUGGGCUAUUGUUAUAUUUCUACUUAAUAUUUUUCCUAAAAUCUUCUUUAAACAAUUCAUUUUCAAUUUAUUGUUAUCUGCAUUAAUUUCAUUAUUUGUUUGGUCAUUUUUUAAGGCUAUGUUCAUUAAUCCAGGAUUUGUACCUACUCCAACAGAUCAUUCAAUUAUACUUAGUCAAGUUAAAGAUUUGAUUAGUAUUGGGAAAUUUGAUACUGAUCACUUUUGCGUUAAUACAUUCAUUAGAAAACCUUUGAGAUCAAGGUAUUCAAGAUAUAACAAGAAAUUGAUUGCUAGAUUCGAUCAUUAUUGUCCAUGGGUAUAUAAUGAGAUUGGAGUUAGAAAUCAUAAGUUAUUCAUGUCUUUUGUUUACGCAUUAAAUUUAUCUAUCUUACUAUUCACUUAUUUAUCAUGCAAAUAUUUCGAUUACAUGAAAGAUCAUGAACCUGGAACUAACUAUGAUUCGGAUGAUGAAGAUAAUGGUGUAUGUUAUUUUCUCUCCGAUGACUUAUGUUAUGGAUACAGACAACAUCAUUUCCAUUUCAAUUUAAUUAUAUGGUGUUUAAUACAAUACGUAUGGAUUGUAUUCUUAUGUAUUGCUCAAACUUUCCAAAUCUCAAAGGGGUUAACUACUUGGGAAUUCUCAACUUUAGGUAAUAAAAUUCAAUCGAGCAGAUUCAAUCACUCUACAGUUCCAAGAGAUUUAAAUGAUGAUUCUUCUAGUUCAGUAGCACCUAAUGGUGGAUCAUCAAAUGGAGCAUUUGAUACUGGUAAUAAUAGUCGAUCAGAAGAUCCUCUUCGGACUUGUUUAAACUUACUUGGUUUGGAACAAUUUUUAUUAACAAUAAAGUUGACUAUCAGUUCAAUAUUCAAUCGUCAAAGUGGCACAUCUUCAGAUUUAUCUACCAUCAACCAAAUCAACGUUCCAACCGACUAUGGAUUGAAACAAAAUUGGUUAGAUUUCUGGGUUUUGGGAGAUGUAACUUUCAGAAAUGUGUUUUACUUGCCAAUCGAAGGUGAGAAUAACUUGAAUGGGCAAGUUGUCGAUUACUAUAAGUUAUAUGAGUAUCCUGCAAAAUCUGCUAGUCAAAUAGUUUAGUAUAGCAGAGUAUAAAUAAUAAUUUAGAACUUAAUAGUGUAGUUUAAAUAAAAGCGAAUUAAAAUAGAGGCGUAUACUAUCAGAAAACCAUCAGUUAACUAAAUUCUACAGUUAAAAUAUAAUUGAAC